GGGAAAUUAAUUGUCGGCUGCAGGUUAUUGGCUGACUGUGCUGCCGCGGAGGCUGUUGUUGUUCCAGCGCGGCGUGAAUGCUGCAGAAGAAGAGAGAGCAGUGAGCAGAGAGCUGCAGAUCUGUCUGCUCGUUCCCGGUCCACCACCCGCUCAUUUUCACAUCCCAUCGUACAUCCGUGAAGAGCGUGGGCUGCCCAGACAGGCAGAAAACACUGGACCUGUGUUAUUACACUGAGGGAAGGAGGGAGCAGGAGGAAGAGGAGGAGGAGGGAAACCGGCGUGGAAGCUUUGCCCACUCAAGACAACCUUCUGUGGGAGGAGGAAGGCUGAUUACCCCAGGGGAAAUCAAGGAGUGGAUGGUUCCUGGAACAUCUGGAAAGGAGCGAAACUAAGCCGGAUUUAACGUUUGUGUAGAAAUAACGGAGCAGCAGAGGAAAUCGAGGGAUGAAUGGAAAGAGAGAGGAAGAGAAAAGGGUGAUGCUCAGAGGAUCUAGCUCUCCUCUGAAAAAACAACAACCUCAGUCUGCCUUGCACUCCUGGAGGACGAUUUUUGGGGGAUUACAUGCAGAAUAAAGUGAGUUUCAUCUCAGACAAAGGGCAACUGUUUGACCCAGAGGUUUGCUCCAACAAAGCUGCUCUUCACCUGCUGGGAUUAUCUGUGCUGGAGGAGGACCUCAGGUGUUGAAGAAUUCAUAGAUGUGUUAUUUUCUGGUUGGAUGAGGAUGUAAAGACAGCAGGAAUUCAAUGUGAGAACCAGGACACUGAAGAUGAAUUAAAAGACAACGACUGGACAAAAGAUUUGAGCCUUUUUUUUUUUUUUGUAUAGUGACAUUAUAUGGAAUGAAACAACACUGAAUUCAUCAGUAUCUUUAUGAGCUGCCUACAUUUUACAUUUCUUCAGUAGAGGAAGAGAUCAGAUUUUUUUUUAUCUGUCCGACAAAAAGAGCACAAAUAGACUUGAAUGAAAGGCCCUGAAUGAUAACUCUUCCCUUCUUGCCUGAUCAAUCAUCCUGAUUUUAUCUCAUUCUGCCAUUUUCCCCCUUUACUCUGCUGCUUUUUGAAUUUACCCCCUAUUUCCCGUGUGACAGGAAUCCUUUAGAGGAUCGAGUUGUUUAAAGCAGGUGUUGAUGACAGAUAACAGCUGCAGAGAGGCUGACUCUGAUGUACCCAGAUAAGUGAUGUUCUCUGACAGAAGCAGCAGGUAAUACAGCCGAGCUCAGGCUGAACGCACUGCUGCAGAGUGUCUGAGCUGUCUGUCGUCUUCCUGCAGACUAAUUCUAUCUCAAGGACCGUCUGUGGUCGAGCUGGGUAAUAAAACCAGAAGGAGGGGAUACUGUGCCUUGUAGAACUCCAAAAUGUCGGACUGGGAAACAAAUAUUUGGUCAAAUAAAUAAAUAAAUAAAUAAAAUAAAAAAGAAUAGUUAUAGUUACAUAUCUCUGGAGUGGCAGGAAAUGCUGUAAACAUCAGGGGGCUCUAGAGCUCAAAACUGUCUGAUCCUUGAGUUAAUGAAUGAUUAUAGGAGGUCUGCAGUUAGUUCAGAUGAAACCUAUUUAAAGAGUCAAUCAAUCAAAACAAAAAAAUCAAACAAGGUCAAGACUGACUCCAAACAGAAACCAAGGAAGCCAGAAAUGCAACAGAAUCUAAAAGCAACAGGGUUCGCUCAGAAAAGCACAGAAACCACAUUUGAUCAAAAACAGUUGAACAAAAGAUAAUAAGAAAAAAAUAAAUAAAAACGGAAGCACUGCAAAUAUAAACUGACCAUUGAAAAUAGAAAGAUGGAAAAUGAUAAAAGAGCACACAAAUCAAAGUGAUCAAGGAUGAGACGAACCGAAGCUUUGAGACUAGAAACUGAGGGAACCAGCCGUUUUAAGAGCGACCAAAUUAUUGAUUAAAAUCUGUCUGAUUUCAUACAUAACAUAAAAUUUCAAUACUUUUGAUAAAAACACUGCAAGAACUGUAUGAGAGAAGUCAAAGAAGAUCAAGUUCUUACAGAAAACAAUUAAAUGUAAACUCAGUGAACACACUGCUGAAAGCACAAACACUAAAUUCAGCUUUUUUAACCCAAAUUACGCAUUCAGGUGCGUUUUGAGCUAAGCACAAAGUUUUACAGCUGAUGUCGUUGUCAGAAGGAAACAUUUCCUGAAACGUAUCCAUAAACAGGAUAGUUCUUUUAGAAAGUUCGUUGAUUAUACAGUUAUAAUCAAAAUAAAUACAUUCAAAACUGUUUUGCUCUUUAUACGAUUUAUAAGACUCAAAUCUGCAGAAACUAACGCCUUCCGUUCUGGAAGCACAAUCUGUACAUGAAGUAAUGAAAGCACAAGGAAAUAGGCCAUUGACUCGGUAGGGUCAGUACUUGGCUACAACAUUUGACUUAACUUUAACCCAACACUGUUUACACACUGACUAAAUGAUGGAAAAUGUUUAAACUACAGCAUUUGAGUUGAAACCAACAGUUUUCCUCAGAGGCCCUCCUCAUCUUCUUGUUCUAGAAACAUGCUGCUCAGACUGUUAGGCUCUCCCAGAGACUAGCAGUCUAUUUCCCUGGUAUCUGUUGUCAGUCUGAAUGUCUUUUUAAACUGAUGUUCACAUGAAUUAUUGAAGUGAUCUGAAAACUGCUGGAACAAUGUACAGCCUGGAGGACUUUUCAUCUCUUCUCCUUCAUGUCUUAUUAAGCGUCACUGGCCUCGUUUCCACUGCGGCUUAAAACAAACCUCAGGAGACAAAACUCAACAGUUUGCUGUGGAUUUUUUUUUUUAACAUGAAAGUGUUUUGUAAAGAUUUGCGUUAGAUUAUAGCUUUGAAGAAGCACAGCGAAGCGGGUUUCACAUUGACUCUGAAUGCAGAACACAAUUUUGUCUUUGGCCAUUUGAACUGGACACUGCACAAUUUCUGCUCCAACAUCUAUUGCUCUGUCUAAAAGCAACUAUUUGUGGUGAUUUUUGGCUGAAAUAUCAUCUUUCCUGCCUUUCUUUGGAUAUUUAAGCAUCAUACUUCCAGUAAACUCAGAAUCUUGACAACGUAUGAGUUUAAAACAACCUACACUAUUUAAUAUUUGACACUGAAACUGGAUAAAAAUGCAGAGCUCUAGAUGAAGUGAAAGAACAUCAGAAAAAGUCCCAAACUGGUUUCAGGGACAACUGAAUGUAAGUGUGGACCGCUCCUCUUCCAGCGCUCCAUCAGGUACUUUUCAACAGGGGUUCGGUUUUGGGAACGCCCACAAACUCAAACAAUCUGAAACAUUUCUACAUGACAGAUUGAAGCACAAACUGGAGAGCUUUCACCCUCUCUUCUUCUUCUUCUUCCUGCUGCUCCUCCCCUGCAGGGGAAAACAAUCUGCUCGCAUGAAUAAGAAUGAAUUUUUCAUCGUGAUGAAAAGCUUCAGCACCUCCCCUCUUCACAGCCCGCAGGGUGCCCGAUAAAAGUUGUUUACUGUGAGCAGCAACAGAACGUAUCCUUUUUUUUUUUUCUGAAAACAUGGAGUUGAACAAUGCCCUGCUCUUUUUGUUUGUUCUUUCAAAGCUGUUUUCGCAUGUGAGCUCGGAACAUUAAGGAACACAGAAGUGGGUUUUUCUUUUGUCUUCAGAGGAGAAAAGACGACAGAAGUGAACUCGGUUUGACUCUCAGCUGGGUUUUCAGAAGAAGUGACACUUUUGUAAACAAGCGGAUGUCUUGCUUGGAGUGUUAACGUUUGAGCUGAGAAAUGCACUCGUUUAGUAACUUGAUGAAGUGGCUUCGUUAUUAACCUACUUUGGCACAUGUUGGCCUAAAAUCUGAUUUCACUUUGUUCAGGAUACUUUACACGGAUAACAGUAGCUUCUACAUGUCUGCAGUAAACAGCUCAAAUCUCUGAGAUCUGCUCUGACUGAAGGUUUUUUACAAAGACUGAGGGAGUACUCGUCUUACAUAAAGGAUCUGUUUCAGCCUUUCUUUUUUUCUCCUAUAGAGUAAACAACUGCCCAUUUUGUCUAAAUGAAUUUAUCUUAGCUCUGGGCAUCAAGACAUUAUCUCUUUGAGCAUCAUCAAAGGUCAGAGGCUGAUAAGGUUCAAUCACGACAGCAGACAGCGAGGAUUGACCUGAGGCCAUCAGAUUUGGAGUUUAACGGUCAGACAGACAAGCAAGAUUAUCAAUACGGAGCAGCAGCUGUUUCCUGAGGGGCCUGCACAGACGGAGGUGAAAAGACUGAAAGACAAGAGAAAACACAGGCCGAGAUAAAAGAGGGCGAGUACCAGACGUCACCAUGGGCUGCAACAUGUGUGUGGUCAAACGUCCGGAGGAGCAGUACAGGAUCAUGUUUCAGCAAAAAGGAUGGAGUAACUCCCUGCGGCCGAUGGACAGACAUGGAAACGCGAAGGUCAAAGGAAGAAGACCAUCUCAGCUCCCACUAGACAGACCACAGAACUCCCAGGAGCCUUUGCAGCAACCUGGGUCAGUCCGCAAGAGUCACAGGAGGAAAGCUAUGUUAGUGUGCAGUGGGAACAGGUCGGGCAGCACCUCCAUCUCCUCCAUCGCCAUGGUGGCGAUCCCCGACUGUGUUGACAACGCCACACAGACGGACAUCAGCUUCCAGAACAUUGUAACACUGGGGAGAAGCAGAGGUCACCAUCACCAUAGCCGAGGAGGCUCCUCCUCUCCCCCACCGCCUCCCCCCUCUCCUCCCCUCCCUCACCUGGUGGGACCAUAUGGGAUCAAUGAGUUCUGUGUGUUUGAAUACAAUGACCCCAAUGACUACUUUGACGUCUCACACCAUGAGGUGGACAGGCAGGAUGACCUGGAGUACGAGGAGGUGGAGCUGUACAAGUCCAGUCAGCAGGAGAAGUUGGGUCUGACGGUCUGCUACAGGACGGAUGAUGAGGACGAUCUUGGGAUUUAUGUUGGGGAGGUUAAUCCCAACAGCAUAGCAGCCAAGAACGGACGCAUCAGAGAGGGGGACCGAAUACUGCAGAUUAAUGGAGUGGACAUUCAGAACAGAGAAGAGGCAGUGGCCAUUCUGACCAGAGAGGACAGCAUCAACUUCUCCCUGCUGCUGGCCAGGCCUGACAUAGAGAAUGACAACCCUGUUGAUCCAGAGGAGGUCAUGGAGCUGACUCUGGAAGGAGGAGACUUAUCUACAAACUGCCGUGCCUCCUCCUGCUCUAUCAACUCCUCUCAAUUCUCUGGUUACUACCACCUGCGCCGCGGAGGAGGAGGAGAAGGAGGAGGCCUGUCCUCUACAUCUGGAGGUAGAGAGGUUGCAAUGGGUGAGGUGGAUGUAGAAGAGGAAGAAGAUGAAGAGGGAGAGGAAGGAGAGAAAUUAGAAAAGGAGGACAAAGAACCACCUGUGCCGCUCCCUCCUCUGUUGAACUUGGCUCCUCUGCUGUCAAACAGCCAGGAGCUGGACAGCGGAGUAGGCCGGACUGACGACAGCACCCGCUAUGAGGAGUCAUCUGAACAUGACCUACUGGGUGAUCAGACCAGCGCCUGCAACACCAACACCACAAACACACCAGGCAGUACCAGGAAGUUCAGACCAGGACCCAGCCCCAGGCCCAGUCCCAGACCAAGCCCCGGCCUUGGUCCCAGUCCAAGACCAAGCCCCAGCCCCGGACAUGGCAGAGGAGACACCACUCCUCCCUUCCUCCACCUCAGGGACCUGCAGCUCCAGCUCAGCUCAGAAUCCCUGGACUGGACUGGUGGAGGUACAGUAGGAGCAGCAUACAGCCCCCAUCACCAUUAUCACAAGCACUACCACCACCAUCUCCACCAGCCCCCCCUGACGAUGAUGAUGAUGAUGCCAGGCCUGACAGAGGAGGAGUGCCAGCGUUACCAAGAGCUACUGGAGAUCAAAUGCCAGUAUGAGAAACAUACCGAAAAACAUCGGAGAGAAUUAGUGAAAAAUGAACAAGAGGGCGUUGUGGCAGAAGGUGGAGACCAGGGGGAGACAAAAGAGGCAGAGACGGAGGACUCUUCUUCAGUGGUGGUGGAUGUGAACUGCAAUGAGACAUUAAGUGAGCAUGAGAUGGCGCUGAUUGAGGAGGAGCUACGCCACCUGGAGUUUAAGUGCCGCAAUAUUCUCCGAGCACAAAAGAUGCAGCAGCUCCGAGAGAGAUGUCUGAAAGCCUGGAUGAUGGAGGAGGAGACAGUGGCAGUUGGACCAGAUAUGGAUAAUGAUAAUGAUGACAACGAUGAUCCUCAUCGCCACGAGUUGUCGGCCAUCAAUGAACUCCCAGAGCGAGAACGAUCGGACGACAAAGACAGCACUAGCGCCUACAACACUGGAGGGGAGAGCUGCCACAGCACGCCAUUGGUCAGCACAGAGCAGAUUCCACCUCUGCAGGAAGAUGAAGAUGAAGGAGGGAGACGACUGAUGUCUCCUCCUCCUCUCCUCCACAUCGGUCGCCUCCCCACUCUGAACUCUCCCCUCACACAGAGGCGUCACAGGCGGGACACAGACAGAGAGAGACGUCACUCACACCUCUGCUCCUCUUUCUCUCCGGGCACCUACAGGAAGUAUGAAGCAGCCAAUGGCAACUUGGCAAAUGGCUCAAGCUCCACCCCCUCUACGCCUUCCAAGUUCAGAUCACUCACCAGAGAGGCGGGGUCAUCUAGAAGGGGGGUAGCUGAUGGAGGUCGGGGAUCCAGAUCAGUUGGAGUCACCAACAGGCCUGAAGGUGGAAGUGCAGAGUCCAGUCCUUAUUUCACCAGAAGACACCACAGUCACCAUAAACCAUUAGAACGCUAUCAAAGCUGCAUGACGCUGCCCUCUGAAGGUCUGGUGGACCCUCUGGACCGAGUAAGGGACAGAGCUAGAGCGGAGGGUGAAGAGAGAGGGAUGGGGACAGGCAGCAGCGGCCCAGCCAGCCCCAGGAGUGUGAACAGCGCCCCCUGUGGACUCGAGGACCACCGUGUAGGUCCAUCACGGUUAGGACUGGCCUUACCGCUUGGACUAACUCACUCCUCACCAACUGCCUCACCGCAACGCAUGGAAUGGAAGGUAAAGAUCCGCAGUGACGGCACUCGUUAUGUGGCCAAGCGGCCAGUCAGGGAUCGUCUGCUGAAGGCCAGAGCCAUGAAGAUUCGAGAGGAACGCAGUGGCAUGACGACUGAUGAUGAUGCUGCCAGUGAAAUGAAGCAGGGCCGAUACUGGAGCAAAGAGGAGAGGAAACAGCAGCUCCUGAGAGCCAGAGAGUACCGAAGAAGAAGAGAGUUCAUGAUGCAGAGUCGUUUGGACUAUCUCAAAGGAGACAGGGACCUAUCAUCAUCCACAGCGUGCCCUGAAGACCCUCGUUCAUCCCAGAGCACCCAGGUCUACACCCAACAGAACUUCCCCAACAACAAUAUCUUGCUGCUGAGCCAGAAGAAAAUUAUGAAGAAGAGGAACCGACGUAUCCUCGACAACUGGAUCACCAUCCAAGAGCUGCUGGCUCAUGGCUCGAGGUCGCCAGAUGGAAAGAAAAUAUACAACCCUCUCCUGUCUGUCACCACUGUGUGAUCUGAGCAGGAAGAGGGGGAGGAAAGCUGGAGACAAGGAAGAGGGGAAAUAAAAUAAAAAAAGUAUGGAGAAAUUAAAAUGGAUAAUAUGAACUUGGAACUACAAGAUAUAAGAUUUAGAUAAAAAUUUAAGAAGACAAGAGACUGCAACAUUUUGGUUUGGAAUCCAUUUAAAACUGCUGCCUGGCAUGACUUUUAUAAUUGUGUCAUGCUAAAAUAGAGAAGAAGAAACGUACAAAAGAAGAGCUCAGUCAGAGAAAGAAAGUGCAGAGAAGGCUGAAAAGAUUGAGCUGAAACUGAACAAUCAGGACUGACCGUGAAAAGUCGUGAGUUGUUUUAUAAUUAUUCAGGGUAGAAAACAAAUCCUGACUCUGGGAAACAACAACAUCCUGAUCAGCAUCCUGUCUCCCAGCACCAAACACUUGAAUGGAACCACUUUCUCAACCUCAUUUAAGACCCAGUAAAGAUGAGAUAUGUUAUCCCCACGGUAAGUUCUGGCUCUAGUGCGGGGCCUCCUCCCAGGUGGCCGUGCCUCGUAAACGAUCCCAGGAGGGAUCCUCACCAGAUCCACCAACCACCUCGACUGGCCCCUUUUGACACGGUGAUGCAGCCACUCUGCUCUGAGCCUCCCCCAGUCAAGUGGAGAGACGUACUUUUGCAAAUGCAGGAGUUCCUUGUUAAUUCAAAUGUGCGUUUACUUCAGGACUUGGAUUUUAUCCACACAUGUGGAGAGGCAGGAGGAAUGAUGAGACACUGAAAAAUAAGAAUGGAAAAAAUUUCUGAGAUCAGUUGGGGACACUAACUGUUCGAGGCAAGAAAAUGGAGUGCUGAGGGUCCAGUGUUUCAGAUUUGAGUUGUCUGAAUACCUGAGGUUAAUUAUCUAAUCAAUUGAAGACACACUGACGAAGGUAAAGCUCCAGCCUGCCCAUUACUGCCUCCUCUAGUGACAAUUGAUUCUUUAUGCUUAGAAGACAGUAAAUGUACAGGGAUUAUGGAAGUGAUGCUGCUACAGAGGGUAAAGUAUUAUCAGUAUAUGGUGAAAAAUAACAUAUUCAAUAUUAUGAACUGAAGGAGAAGCAGCCCAGUUUUUUUUACUCAUUCAUCUGUGAAGUUCAUUUGUGACAAAUAGUGCUUUUUGUUUCCUUUUUAAUCAUUAUUUGUAAAUCACUUCCCAGAAUGAGAGUAAUUUUUUAAUUAAUUUAAUUUUAUAUAUUUGUGUGUGUAAAGUAUCCUGUGUUAAAUCGUCUGUAUUAAAUGUACGACUGUUGCUUAAAUCUUUUAUAAAUUUUGUACAUUUUGUUUCUGCAGGAUGAUUCACAAUGUGGCUGGUCUUUUGUGUACAAAGACACGUUAAAGCAGCAUAAUGACAUGCAUGUAUGUAGUAUUAAGGUGUUAUUGGAUAUAAUUCUGAUCUAAAAUGAUGUAGUGAACAAAGACAUUUUUAGUGGUGAAAAAUGUGAAAGUGAAGAAAGCAGACAAAAAUAUUAUUAAACUGAAGGACAACACGAGACAUUAAAGGCUUCUGCUCUUUACUUGGUCUUUAAUAAACUUGUGUUAGAAGAUUU